GUUACGACCUUGCGCACAGCAAGGUAGAAAUACUUCCGGGAUUUGAAUGUAGUUUUGAUACUUUGUUUUACAUUUCCGGUUUUCAGAAAAGUUCCAAUUGUACUUUUGUCCCAAAGUCUCUAAUAGUUUCCUGGCGCAGUUUUACAUUGAUCUAGAGAUUAAAUCCAAAGAAAACGGACGAAGAAAUACAUCUGAAAGAAAUAGAAGGUAAAACUUUGCAAACUUUUCUGGUCGUUGUUUACGUUUUUUUCGCCAGGAGACAUUCAUAACUAACAACGAAAAGGUAGGAUGAUGGUGGAGGUGGAGAACCAGAGAGGGGAGACCCUCAUACCCAGCGAGGGAGAGGGGUCUGGUGGACAGGAGGCCAUCCACAUGGAGUCCGUUGUCGAGGACAACACAGAACCCGAUGAGGGUCCACGGAAGCCAACCACAGGACCAGUGGUUGUCACGGGAAACCAGAAAAUGCCCGCCAUUGAGAAACUGGACCAGGUUCGCAAAUGGAGCAUCACUACUUAUAAGUGUACUAAGCAGGUUCUGUCAGAGAAGAUGGGUCGUGGAUCCCGUACGGUCGACCCAGAACUCGAGGCCCGCAUCGACAUUCUCCGUGAUGACCGCCGUCGUUAUGAUCACGUGACCUGCCUGGCCCAGACACUCGCCACGCAGCUCGCCCAGGUCACACAGACGCAAAGGACUCUGGGCGAUGCCUUCACCGAGCUCAGCCUCAAAACGCCGCCACUACACGUAGAGUUUGGUCUGAACGGGGACACCCAGCGGUUCCUGUCGAAGAGCGGAGAGGUCAUGGUCUCGGCUAUGAACUCUUUCACCUCCGAUAUGAACACACUGAUUAACAAAACUAUAGAAGACACCAUGGUUAACGUGAAACACUACGAGACAGCCAGGAUAGAGUACGAUGCGUACCGUUGUGACCUGGAGGACUUGAACCUGGGACCUCGAGACACCGCCACCCUCCCCAAACUAGAGCAGGCCCAGAGAACCUUCCAGAACCAGAGAGAGAAGUAUGAGAAGAGCCGAAACGACCUGUCAGUCAAACUCAAACUACUGGAGGAGAAUAAGGUAAAGGUUCUCCAGCAUCAGUUGGUAUUGUUCCAUGGUGCUGUAGCCUCCAACAGCACCUCCAACCACCAGCACCUGGAGCUCAGCUUGCAGCAGGCAAGCACCAAGCUACCCAUGCCCGGCACGGAGCCUCCUUCCUGGCUAGAGGAGAGCUCAUCACCCCAAUGACCAUCCACCAUAUCUGGGGGUCCAUGAAACUUUCCAGUAUCUUAAUGCAAGUUGGGGCCUCUCAACUGCCACAUCUGUGGGCCAAAACAGAGGGUAUUGUCGACACUCCUGUUCUCUUAUCCUAUAGAUCCUAUAGGUUCUUCUCUUACCCUAUAGGUUCUCCUCUUACCCUAUAGGUUCUCCUCUUAACCUAUAGGUUCUCCUCUUACCAUAUAGGUUCUUCUCUUACCCUAUAUGUCCUAUAGGUUCUUCUCUUACCCUAUAGAACCUAUAGGUUCUCCUCUUACCCCGUAGAACCUCUAGGUUCUCUUCUUACCAUAUAGGUCCUCCUCUUACCCUAUAGGUUCUCCUCUUACCCUAUAGGUUCUCCUCUUACCCUAUAGAACCUAUAGGUUCUUCUCUUACCCUAUAGAACCUAUAGGUUCUCCUCUUACCCUAUAGGACCUCUAGGUUCUCCUCUUACCCUAUAGGUUCUCCUCUUACCCUAUAGAACCUAUAGGUUCUCCUCUUACCCUGUAGGACCUCUAGGUUCUCCUCUUACCCUAUAGAACCUAUAGGUUCUCCUCUUACCCUAUAGAACCUAUAGGUUCUCCUCUUACCCUGUAGAACCUCUAGGUUCUCUUCUUACCAUAUAGGUCCUCCUCUUACCCUAUAGGUUCUCCUCUUACCCUAUAGAACCUAUAGGUUCUCCUCUUACCCUAUAGAACCUAUAGGUUCUCCUCUUACCCUAUAGGUUCUUCUCUUACCCUAUAGGUUAUUCUCUUACCCUAUAGGUCAUAUAGGUUCUCCUCUUACCCUAUAGGACCUCUAGGUUCUCCUCUUACCCUAUAGGUCCUCAUCUUAGGUUCUCCUCUUACCCUAUAGGUUCUCCUCUUACCCUACAGAUUAUCCUCUUACCCUAUAGAUCCUAUAGGUUCUCAUCUUACCCUAUAGGUCCUCCUCUUACCCUAUAGAUCCUAUAGGUUCUCCUCUUACCCUAUAGGUUCUCCUCUUACCCUAUAGGUUCUUCUCUUACCCUAUAGGUUAUUCUCUUACCCUAUAGGUCCUAUAGGUUCUCCUCUUACCCUAUAGGACCUCUAGGUUCUCCUCUUACCCUAUAGGUCCUCAUCUUAGGUUCUCCUCUUACCCUAUAGAACCUAUAGGUUCUCCUCUUACCCUAUAGGUUCUCCUCUUACCCUACAGAUUAUCCUCUUACCCUAUAGAUCCUAUAGGUUCUCAUCUUACCCUAUAGGUCCUCCUCUUACCCUAUAGAUCCUAUAGGUUCUCCUCUUACCCUAUAGGUUCUUCUCUUACCCUAUAUGUUCUUCUCUUACCCUAUAGGUUCUCCUCUUACCCUAUAGGACCUCUAGGUUCUCCUCUUACCCUAUAGAACCUAUAGGUUCUCCUCUUACCCUAUAGGACCUCUAGGUUCUCCUCUUACCCUAUAGGUUCUCCUCUUACCCUAUAGGUUCUCCUCUUACCCUAUAGGUUCUUCUCUUACCCUAUAGGUUAUUCUCUUACCCUAUAGGUUCUCCUCUUACCCUAUAGGACCUCUAGGUUCUCCUCUUACCCUAUAGGUUCUCCUCUUACCCUAUAGAACCUAUAGGUUAUCCUCUUACCCUAUAGAACCUAUAGGUUAUCCUCUUACCCUAUAGGUUCUUCUCUUACCCUAUAUUUCCUAUAGGUUCUUCUCUUACCCUAUAUGUCCUAUAGGUUCUUCUCUUACCCUAUAGGUCCUAUAGGUUCUCCUCUUACCCUAUAGGUCCUAUAGGUUCAUCUCUUACCCUAUAUGUCCUAUAGGUUCUUCUCCUACCCUAUAGGUUCGUCUCUUACCCUAUAGGUCCUAUAGGUUCUCCUCUUACCCUAUAGGUCCUCAUCUUAGGUUCUCCUCUUACCCUAUAGAACCUAGAGGUUCUCCUCUUACCCUAUAGGUUCUCCUCUUACCCUACAGAUUAUCCUCUUACCCUACAGAUCCUAUAGGUUCUCAUCUUACCCUAUAGGUCCUCCUCUUACCCUAUAGAUCCUAUAGGUUCUCCUCUUACCCUAUAGGUUCUCCUCUUACCCUAUAGAUUCUCCUCUUACCCUAUAGGUUCUCCUCUUACCCUAUAGGUUCUUCUCUUACCCUAUAGGUUCUUCUCUUACCCUAUAGGUUCUCCUCUUACCCUAUAGGACCUCUAGGUUCUCCUCUUACCCUAUAGGUUCUCCUCUUACCCUAUAGAACCUAUAGGUUAUCCUCUUACCCUAUAGAACCUAUAUUUUCUCCUCUUACCCUAUAGGUUCUUCUCUUACCCUAUAUUUCCUAUAGGUUCUUCUCUUACCCUAUAUGUCCUAUAGAUUCUUCUCUUACCCUAUAGGUCCUAUAGGUUCUCCUCUUACCCUAUAGGUCCUAUAGGUUCUCCUCUUACCCUAUAGGACCUCUAGGUUAUCCUCUUACCCUAUAGGUCCUCAUCUUAGGUUCUCCUCUUACCCUAUAGAACCUAUAGGUUCUCCUCUUACCCUAUAGGUCCUCAUCUUAGGUUAUCCUCUUACCCUAUAGAACCUAUAGGUUCUCCUCUUACCCUAUAGGUUUUCCUCUUACCCUACAGAUUAUCCUCUUACCCUAUAGAUCCUAUAGGUUCUCCUCUUACCCUAUAGGUUCUCCUCUUACCCUAUAGAUCCAAUAGGUUAUCCUCUUACCCUAUAGGUUCUCCUCUUACCCUAUAGGUUCUCCUUCUACCCUUCUCUUCCUGUAAUACCUCUCACUCUGUUUCACCUACUUGUAUACAGUGUUGUGACCUGACUAUAGACUGUUGUUCACUCUGUUUCUGCUACUUGACUAUAGACUGUUGUUCACUCUGUUUCUCCUACUUGACUAUAGACUGUUGUUCACUCUGUUUCUCCUACUUGACUAUAGACUGUUGUUCACUCUGUUUCUUCUACUUGACUAUAGACUGUUGUUCACUCUGUUUCUUCUACUUGACUAUAGACUGUUGUUCACUCUGUUUCUUCUACUUGACUAUAGACUGUUGUUCACUCUGUUUAUCCUACUUGUAUACAGUGGUGUGACCUGACUAUAUAGACUGUUGUUCACUCUGUUUCUCCUACUUGACUAUAGACUGUUGUUCACUCUGUUUCUCCUAUUCACUGCCUGUAUAGGAGUUCUGUUUGGCAGUAGCAUUGUUACUAUCACAGCAUUUCUGUUUAUUAUUAUGUAUACAGCAUGUACAGUUCUCCUGUAUUGACUAAUGCUGUGUCCAAAAUGUCACCCUGUUCACUACGUCGUUCACUACCUUUGGAGCUCUAUAAAGGGAGGUGCGUAGCAUGUGGGGACGCAGCCUACAACUAAAGGACCAAACUAACGUGCGGUGCUGAGACGUGGAACCAAAGCCAGAGACCGUAGAAUGUUCGAGACCGUUAGAACCUUUGACACUCUAGAACCUUCUUGGACUUUUUUUUAAGGAUCUUUUAGAUUCCUACCAGAAUCAACUAUACUGAGCAAAAAUAU